CAGGGCUUUGCUGGAGAGUUCUGCGAGAAAAAGCUGAGCGCAUGCGAGAUGACCAAAUGCCCAUUCGUAAGCUUUUUACAACAGAAUAUUUUGCAAAAUCAAUUCAAUUUUUUCAGGGCUGUGAGUUGUGAGUGCCCUCCUGGUUUUACCGGAUUCGAUUGUCAAAGGGAAAUUGACGAGUGCUCCGCUAAUCCUUGCCAACAUGGUGGUACAUGCUCCGAUAAAGUCAAUGACUAUCAUUGCAGCUGCUCAAGUGGGUACAGCGGGAAGAACUGUGAGAAGAUCGUCGACCAUUGUGCAGCGAAUCCUUGUCUCAACAACGGACAAUGUAUCAAUGCCGCUCGGGCCAGCAUUUGUCACUGUACCGCUGCCUUCUUCGGGGAGAAAUGCCAGUACAAGGUAGAUCCUUGUUCUCGAAAUCGGUGUGACAAUGGGGCAACAUGUCGACCAACCGCGAACUAUAGAAAUUACACCUGCGAGUGCAAACCUGGGUUCGAGGGCAAAUUUUGCGAAAUAGAUGUUGACGAAUGUAAGGACCAGCCCUGCAGAAAUGGUGGACUAUGUCGCAAUACUCAUGGAAGCUAUAAUUGCAUCUGUCCAGAAGGCUAUACCGGAAAGAAUUGCCUAGAAAACAUUGACGAUUGUGCCAAAAGUAAACUCACUAUUUGGAAACUCUAUCCAUGUCUGAACAACGGCACAUGCUUCGAUGAGCUGGCAAAUUUCCGAUGCGUCUGUCAACCUGGUUUCACAGGCAGAACUUGUGGUGUCGACAUUGAUGACUGCGCUUCAAAUCCUUGUCUAAAUGGCGCCACAUGUGUCGAUGGAAUAAAUCGCUACGAAUGUCUGUGCAAGCGAGGAUUCAGCGGCCGGGACUGCCAUUUUAACGACGACGAUUGUAGGCCUGGUAAAAAAAACCUAAAAUCAUUCAGACUCUGCCUGAAUGGUGGCAGAUGCAUCGAUGGUAUGGAUGAUUACAAGUGUGAAUGUCCUCGCGGUUAUACCGGUCGAAACUGUCAAAUUUUUGUGGAUCUCGACAAAUUCAACGAGACAGACAGGAUGGAACGUAAUCUCUGCGCCCUUGCCGGUUGCAAUUCCAAAGCCGGUAAUGGUAAAUGUGAUUCCGAAUGUAACUUCUACGCUUGUGGUUUCGACGGUGGUGACUGUUCUGCUCGGGAGCCAGAUCCCUUCGCAAACUGCAGUGCGGCCAGCUACUGCGCCCAUGUGUUCAAGGAUGGACGAUGUGACUCUAUUUGUAACAAUGAAGCGUGCCUGUUUGAUGGAUUCGACUGCGUUCCGACCACUCCCCGUUGCCCUCCACAGGUUGUGGAUUACUGUCGCUCACACUACGCUGACGGAGUUUGCGACAACCAGUGCGACCUGCCCGGAUGUGCAUUUGAUGGCGGCGAUUGCUCCACAGAAAAACAUAGUUCGCUUUCUGGUGACAUAUCCAUAGUCGUCCUAACUACUCCCGAAGAGUUUGCAAGGAAUGUGGGAAUGUUCCUCCUCACUCUGAGUCAAAAACUUCGUGCGUCAGUUCGAAUUAAGACCGACGACGAUGGACCACUUGUUUUUCACUGGAAUGGCAAACCGUCUCCCAAAUAUGAAUGUUUACAGCGUUUGUUCGUACAAUUCGGAGGCGAAAUUCGUCUGAAACGUUCUGUUGCGAAUGUCGGUGUGCUGGUCUGGAUUGAAGUCGACGUUUCUGGCUGUCACGGGGAUUGUUUUAGUAACGUGGAUACUGUUGCUAACUAUCUUGGAGCAGCUAGUGCUAAGAAGGUAGAUUUGUCGGAAAUGGGCAUGCCAAUCUACGAAGCGAUCGCUCGACAUCCGAAUUCUACCGUACCCCUUCCGCAUUCCGACGGAUAUUGGGCAUUCAUCAUCGGCUGUUUCGCUAUUUUAAUUGUCAUCGCUUCUGUGUUCGUGCUACAACAAAGAACAAGGAAGCGUCGCACUAUCAAAGCUCCUUGCUGGAUUCCUCCCACCGAAUCGUUUUGUUCUUUCAAACCUUAUCACCAACUAAUUAGCCAUUAUAGAUAUCCGAGAGUGGAACUGAAGCCCACCAAAAAAGUACACCCACCUCCGACACUUCUUCACGAACAAGCCUCGUCCAGCACACCUAUUGAAGUCGAACAGUCCACAGUAAAUGUGCGUGGUCCCUUCGGAAGGACAGCACUGAUGAUGUUGUGCGACAAUUCAGAGAAGACCGAGAGUCAGCUGGUUGAAGAGGCGAAAAAGAUCUGUAAUGCUGGCGGCGAUCUCAACUUGCAGGAUGAUGGUGAG